UGCAGUGUCCUUUCAGUCAUGCUGGGUGUCAAUUUUGAGCAUUGUUUGCUUGUCGCUUUAGCGAUAACGUUAUCGUUGUUGCAGUACAUAGAUUGUAAGAAGCAGAAGGAGCUUGAAAUCAUUGUGCAGCACAAACCAGACGACUGCUCGACAGUAGCUGAUAAUGGAGAUGAAGUGGCAGUUCAUUAUACAGGCUACCUGGAUACAGGGGCUGUCUUUGAUUCAUCGGUCCAACAACAACGUGAGCCUCUAAAGUUUGUUCUUGGACAGAAAAAAGUCAUACAAGGAUGGGAACAAGGUAUUAAAGGGAUGUGUGUUGGUGAGAAGCGUAGGUUGAUUAUACCUCCUCAUUUAGCAUACGGCAAACAAGGUCACCCACCUGUCAUUCCAGCUUCAGCGACCUUGACCUUUGAAACCGAGCUGAUAGAGUUGAAACAACCUGGUUUUGAACAGAUGGAGAGAACAAUAUUUCAAACAAUACAGUUCUUGGCUUUCCCAGCAAUGGCUCUUUAUGUGAUCUACUAUCUGUACAACAGGUAUCGGCAAGAGUCCAUUGAAGACAAGGCCAAAGAUGGACGCAGAAAAAAGAGGAGAUAAGCGUACAGUCAAUGAGCCCUGUAGCAAUUUUGUCCAUAAUAUUAUUUCCUGGUACCUUUUUUUUUUGGACCAUCCAUGUUGAUUUUAAAUUAAGAAAGCUAAAAAAUCAAGAAAAGUUCACCAGAAGAGCAACUGAAAACUGUUCAUAAAUUUUUUUUCAGAUUAAUUAAUUUAUUUGAUUGGUGUUUUACACAAGAGUACUUUCACUUAUACACCGGCGGUCAGCACUAUGGUGGGAGGAAACCGGGCAGAGCGUGGGGAAAUCCAAGACCAUCCGCAGGUUGCUGGCAGACCUUCCCAUGUAGGGCCGGAGAGGAAGUCAGCUUGAGCUGGAUGUGAACUCACAGCGACUGUAUUUUUAAGAUUAAGGAGAGUUAAAUGCAUUCAGAUGUACAAAUUAUAUGGUGCAUUUUAAAAAUCUUAUAUCUGGUGAGUCAGAACUCUGAUGUCACAAGUAGUUUUCCCACUCCAAACACAGGUGAAAAAUUGUUUAAAUAAUGCUUGCAAAAUUUGUAAGAAAAAAAAAGAAGAAAAACAGGAUGAUAUGAUGUCAAAGCAGGUUGCCACGGUCCGCAUGCUGCAUAAAGCCCACCUUAGAAUUCAAAACGGUUAAAUUCAAUUAAUUCCAUUUUUCUGUUUUUAAAUCUAAAACAUAUCAAUAAAAGUUUUGGUAGCCUGUCUGGUGAAUCUUACUUCAUUUUUGAGCUGUCUUUUCCAUUUUAUGCCAUCACUUUUUCCUGGUUUUGUACAUUUUCUUGAACUUUUUCUUUUCCAACCCAAACAAUUGUAGUGCUCAACAGGGUUUUCCCAGUAUUGUUGUUGUGUACAUUUAAAUGUGAUUGUUCAUUUUCCUGAUUUUCAUGUGGGUUUUUAAAAGGUUUGUGCCCUUCAUCAAAGUGCUGUUUAAUAGCACCUGGUUCAUCUUAGCUACGGUGUAUAAUUGUAGACAAGAUUGUAUUUGCUGUAAAAUAACCUUUUGCAGUUAACUCAGGUUUGUAACUGUUUUAUAAACUUAGAUGAAUAUGUGUUGUCAGGGGUUUAUUGUAAAGGGUAUAACAAAGUGCUAUCAAGUCCAUGUCAACUUACAUGGAAUUCAGAAAUAAUGUUUGUAGUGAGGAUAUUUUCUGUUGAUUGCAAAUUUUUGAAGUUGUUUCUCUCUUCUUCCAAAGACAUAUCUAGAUUACAAUAUUUUUAAGAUGACCUGGUUGUCAUUAACAACCAACUGUUACAAAGUACACUGUAGCUCAGAAUGACUUUUGCUAUAACAUUAGGUUACUAUAGUCAAAUUUUAUUCAGAGAAACAUAGCUCACGUACGACUUUGGUAUGACUUUUAAGUAUUGAAUUUUGAUCCACAAUAUUUCACACUUUUGACACCAAUUUUACAUCUCCAAAGUCUAACUCCAGUGGAACAUUUUCCAUUUCUGACUGUAUAGAACAUCUUCCACUUCCUACCUCAGUGGAACAUUUUCCAUUUCUGACUGUAUAGAACAUCUUCCACUUCCUACCCCAGUGGAACAUUUUCCAUUUCUGACUGUAUAGAACAUCUUCCACUUCCUACCCCAGUGGAACAUUUUCCAUUUCUGACUGCAUAGAACAUCUUCCACUUCCUACCCCAGUUGAACAUCUUCCACUUCUGAUACCAGUUGGGCAUCCUGCACAUCUGGCACUAGUAGAACAUCUACCACUUAACACCAGUUGAUUAACUCCCACUUCUGACGCCAGUUCACAGCAUCUUCCAUGUCUUGACACCAGCAAUCUUGUAUCUGACAUAUUCUUGUAACCUUUCAUGUCUUGAUACAAGUACAAUAUAUCACACUUUUGGGAUUGUUAUGGCAUUUUUAGUUUAACAUCAUGGUAAUUUUUUUUCCACAUAUCUAUCCUCAGUCUUUUUUCUCCCAUUUCUGAUAUCAAUUUACAUUGUUCUUCUGUUACAUGUACAUCAGUUAAUCAUCUCAUACAUCUGAGGACACCUUUGUCAUGUCUAUACAAAUGUAACCGACACAAAGAAGAUGCUUUGCUCCAAUUUUAGACCAGAUCAGAUCUUCUCAAUGUAUUGUUGCCUUUAAAUUGAAAACCAUGUGCGUUGCAAUCAAGUGAAUACAUGAGGGCUAACUCCAUAAGGUAAUCUGCUUAAAUCAAAAAAUUCACAAUACAUUUUAAUACUUUAGCUUGUCUUACUAGCAGUUCAAUUUUGACAUUUUUAUUUUAUUAUUUUUUCCAGGAUCCCAAAACAAGAGCUCAAAAUUAUGUUUCGAUAUUGACAUAAACCAAAGUCUUGUUAAAAAAAAUUGUACUUGCUGCGUGCUGCCUCGCUUGGCGCUCAACACUGAGAGGUUAGAGCAAGGAAACAAGGCUGAUAGGUCCGGUGUCAGUAUAAUGUGACUGGUUGGGGUGACAUGUCUGGUGUCUUCGGUAUUAUACUGGCGGCAGAACUUUGGGGGCAUAGACUCGCCCUGACACAACAAGACACAGAAUAUGUACACGCCGUCGACUCCUUGUAGUCAUAUGACUGAAAAAUUGUUUUUGACCGAAAGGAUUAGUGUCCAGAUUUAGCUACUGGCCCUAAUUAUAAAAUUAUAACCUGUUUAAGCAGUAUUAUACCAGGUGAGCUUUUAAGAAACGUAAUGAUGGCUUUAAAUCCAUCAAAAAAAAAAAACAACAGAUUUUCUGCCCUAGCCGAUCUCCAGCCGGCCUCGUGGUCUGGCUGCGCGGAUGACGUCACAGAUGGCCGACUCUAAGUCUAGCUGGCCAAAACAACAUGGGAAUUCCUUUCAAAACGAUGUCAUUUUUAGUUGGAUUGAAAUCACACAAACGUAAGUAUACUGCAGCAUCAGUUUGAACCCAUAGUGGAUGAUGUUGAAGUUCCGAUUUAUGAUACUGAAUUCUCUGGCCAGACCUCAGAUAACGAUUUUUCAGAAGUUGAAUUCGAUCUAUGCCCAGGCAUUUCCAAUAGCACUGACAAUACGGGCUGGUAACCAAUAGCUUCACCCAGUGUUUCACUGAACAUUUCGUGUGUUUAUUUACUAUUCUUUCCCCUGUGUCCGCUUCACAAUAAAUAUGAUUUCUAUUCCCCGAUGGGUUCUAAAUUCAUAACUCUAUGUGACGACAAUUACCUGUACGUGUUAUUGUCGACAUUCCGGAUAGAGUCGUGUACUUUAGAAGGUACAGAAAUUUAGGCUACUGUCUAUCAGGUUUCGUUUAAGUUAAUAUUAUUUUAUAAGUUAAAAGGGGGGCAGGUACCAUUUUGUGGAAAUUCGGCUGUAUUCCUGUCGAAAGU